AUGAAAAGAUCAUUUAAUUUAUUGUUAAUUAGACGAUUUCGUCCAUUAUAUAAUUGUUACCGGCAUGCUUCAAAUAAAAAGUAUGAAGGAAUUCGAGAAAAAAUCGAUGAAAAUCAAGCUCGAAUUAAUUUUGAUAAAUGGAUUAAAUCUUUAUGGUUUGCACCAGAUGUAUGGACUCAAUCGACAAAAGAUGAUGCCAUUACUAUUACACGACGUUAUUUACCAUUUUGGAAUUUAUCUCUUCAAGGUUCAAUAAAUGCUUCUGUCGAUCUUGCAUAUAUAACAGUGACAAAACAAGGAAAAAAUAUUGUUCCAACUCAACGAUGGCAUUCGAUUCCAAUGACGAUUAAUAAUCUAUCAUUACAUGAUAUUAAUAUAUAUGCAGCUCAAACACUUGAUAGAUAUCAUUUAAAUAAAUUAAAUAUUUCAUUUCAUAAUCAGAAUAUUGUUAAUCUUAAUUGUAAAGAAAAUGAUGUUGAACAAUGGACAGUUGAUCGAGAUACAACAUUUCAAAUCGGUUGGGAUCUUAAUAUUGUACCUCAAAUCAAACACUUAUGUGUUCAAAACUCAAAACAGUUAUAUCCUCAAUACAAUACUUAUCAAGUUAAAUCCUUUCACUUUGAUAUUUAUUCUAAACAAGAACGUCUUUUAUAUUAUCCAAUAUAUGUUGUUAAUUAUCAAUAUGGUUCUCAAUCAAAUUUUACAUGUUUAGUCGAUGGCAUAACCGGUCAAGUGAUUGGUGACAGACAAUAUUCAAUGACUAAAGUUACUUUAGCAACGUUAAUUGGUUUUUAUCCAAUGGUAUUAACAGCACUAUUUGGUUUAGGAUCAUUUAUUGAUCCAUCUAUUGGUAUUUUACUCGCCUCACUUCUUUCAUUCAAAGUUUUAGUUCCAAUUGCCUUUAUUGUUUCACCUCUUGCUGGUCUUUGUGCAAAAUAUUAUCCGAAAUUCUACCGACAGAGAAUUAAUGAACAACAAUGGCAAAAUUAUCGUUCAAAUUCAUCACAAUUUACUUAUGAUUUUACAAGUUCUUUUCAACAAAAAUAUCAAUCUUAUAGGCAACAACAACAACAACAACAACAAUACCAACAACAGUAUAGACAACAACAACAACAACGUACAAGAGAAUCAGCAUCAAGAAGAGAAGAAGAAGCACCUAUGGAUUUAUAUAAUUUACUAUCCGUCAGUCGAACAGCUACUGAAAAAGAAAUCAAACGUGCUUAUCUACUUAAAGCAAAAGAACUGCAUCCAGAUAGAAAUCCAGGUGAUAAAAAAGCUGAAGAAUUAUUCAAAAAAGUAAAUCAAGCAUAUGCGAUUUUAUCGGAUAAAUAUAAACGAGAACAAUAUGACAAAUAUGGUUAUGAAAGUGUUAAAUAUAAUUAG